ACAAGGAUCAAUGAGACAGACAGGGAUAUAUAUACACAGAAAUAAAUGAAGGGAACGAGACACAGCUGGGGGAGAAAGGCAAGGACACGAGGGUAGGUAGGGUGAAUGGACACAGGAGGAUCAAAUCAACAAUCACUAAGGGAGGGAAAACACACAUACAGGAAGUACAACUCGACAUGACACAAGGGGAGUGAACUUUAAACAAAUAAAAAAAGGAACAGAAAGCAUAACAAGGUGCAGUUUUGAAUACAAAACAUUCCAACACAUUAAAUCUGAUUGGCUGUUAAGAGUGGACAAAGGUUGCAAAAUCAGGAUUUAAACAUGUUUGACAAACAUACACCGAUUGAUUUCCCUCUCAAAGCCAAACUACUGCAUGAGAGUAAAGGACAGAUCAUAUGGAGACUAACAGCAGAGAAGCACUGCAGGCAGACUUUGAUGCAUUUGGUAUCUCUGAUGAGCUUGGAUUUCUCCUUGAAGAGCCACUGACUCACCUUCCAGACUAUUAUCGGGUAUGGUUGGACAUGGCAAAUAAUCUCACACAUCUGAUAGAGUCACGCAAACUACGGGAUCUGGUUCACAAGAUGCCGGAGUUGAGUCCCCAUCUCUUGAGUAACCAUCGGGAGCUAAGGCUGGCUCACCUAGCGCUGGGAUUCAUCAGCAUGGGAUAUGUUUGGCAGGAAGGACAACAAGCACCUGCUCAGGUUCUUCCUAAAGCCCUGGCCUUGCCUUAUUGGCUGGUAUCUCGUCGGCUCGGCCUUCCCGCCAUCCUGACUUAUGCAGAUUCAGUUUUAUGUAACUGGAAAUUAAAGGAUCCCGCAGGGAAUAUGGAAAUGGGGAACAUGGACUUGAUAUUUUCCUUUCCUGGUGGCGAGAGUUGCAGGGGAUUUUUCAUUGUGUCAUUGUUGGUUGAGAUGGCUGCCAGUUCAGGCAUAACGGGGGCUCUGGAGGUGAUGCAUGCUAUGAAAGUCUCGGACCUCAUCGGCAUACAGAAAGGGCUCGUGAAAGUGACUCAGUCUUUGAAGAAAAUGAAGGAAACUUUCAAACUUAUGCACAAUCAUGUGGAUCCAACUGCGUUUCAUGGAACAUUGAGAAUUUUUGUCUCAGGGUGGCGAGACAACCCCAUGCUUCCAAGGGGGCUGUUGUAUGAAGGUGUGAGCAAUGAGCCAAUUUUGUUAUCAGGUGGAAGUGCAGCUCAGAGUUCGACCCUGCAGUGCUUUGAUGUUUUGCUGUGCAUCCAACAUGAGGACGAGACAGGAGCCUUCCUGACACGCAUGAGGGAGUACAUGCCUCCUGCCCACCGUGGACUGAUAGAAACUCUGUCUGUUUGUCCAUCUCUGCGAGACUUCAUCCUGCGUCACUCCAUCUCUGAUCUCAGCCAGGCUUACAACACCUGUGUCUCAGCGCUGGUCGAUUUACGGAACUACCACCUCAAUAUUGUAGCCAAGUACAUCAUUUUGCCUGGUAUCAAAGUCCGCACCACAGGCUGCCCAAUGAGCGGCGUUGGCACAGCGCUCAACACCUCAGGGGCCGGUGGAUCCAACUUCAUGGUCUUCCUCAAGAGUGUUCGUAACGCCACUCAAAAAGCACUGAUCUUAUAGAGGCCAUGUGCUUCAAGAGAAACUGAAAUGUAAAUUAUAGCACAUAUUAUAAUAUGCACAAUAUCCAACACCUUUUUUAUACACUACGCUCCUUGAGGUUGUAUUUAUAAAUUUUAAAUGCAUACAUUUGCUGUGUCAGCUGUGCAACCUACUGUAUUGAAGUGCUGGGUAAAUGUUUAGGGUGCUCUUUAGUAACCAUGACCCCUUUCAUAAAUCCAAAGAGAGGAGCCGUUUAACACCAGAUGAAAAUGUUGUUUAUGCUGAUCUCUAGUGGUUUAACAAACAGACUCUAAACUUUGAAGCAGAGAGGUCAGUUAAGUGCUUAUGGUAAGACAAAAUAAUGAGAUACUUAAUCAAAAUGAUGAGAAAAGUAUAUUUUUUUACCCGAAUAAAAAGUAACAUUUUUAAUUAUUCUUUUUCUUUUCUUGGAAGAAUUCGGCUUCCACACAAUAUAGUCCUUCGAUAUCACUAAAUAAACUACACUUUACUUUAACAUAAUACUUCAUAUAAUCAUAUGAUCUGAUUGUAAAAGCCUUUACAGACCUUGAUGCAGAGAGGGUUUAUGUUUUUAUUUAUUCUGGUUUUAUUUGUAUCCAUAAAAUAAUAUAUAAUGAUUUUUGAUAUGUUUAUUAAAAUGCAUAUUAUUACCAGUUA